AUGGAAUUGCAAUUUUUCCUCCGCGAAAACGAAACCUACGACGGUUUUUAUAGUCGCUGCAACAAUCUGUCCCACUUCGACUGCAGCGAGGAGGAGAUGCUGUGGUGGAUGAUGGGUUCUCGCAGGCUACCGUUGACCGAAAUCGUGCCCAUCAGCAUCGUUCUAGUGGUCAUAUUCUUGACUGGUGUCGUGGGGAACGUGUGUGUUUGCGUUGUUAUAGUGAGGAACCCCGGGUUGCAUACAGCGACUAACUAUUACCUGUUUAGUUUAGCUGUCAGCGACUUGCUGUUGCUUUUAUUUGGUCUUCCAAAUGAUCUCUCGGUAUACUGGCACCAAUAUCCGUAUAGUCUCGGGCUCGCGUUCUGCAAAUUGAGAGCCCUCAUAUCUGAAGCCGCCACCUACGUGUCGGUUAUGACGAUAUCAGCCUUUUCACUGGAACGGUACCUCGCGAUAUGCCACCCACUGUAUCUUUACGCGAUGGCCGGCCUCACCAGGGCUUCCCGCAUCAUCCUUGUCUUAUGGGUCGUCUCGUUCCUUUGCGCAUCACCGUUCGCCGUUUACAGUGACAUCAGUUACAGGGAUUAUCCGCCAAAUUCGGGUAACAUGUCGCUGAAUUCAGCGUUCUGUGCGCUGAUGGCUCCAUCGCCUCUGUUAGAGCUGAGCAGCAUCUUCUUUUUCUUCGUACCCGCUGUUCUUAUUCUCUGUCUGUACGUGACAAUUGCUCUGCACAUAAGAUCGACUAAGGUCACUAAAAAGACGAAAUUUGGUCUUUUGAACGGUCACGUCCAUGGCGAAACGAAGCAAGCUAAGUCCAGAAAGGCUAUAAUAAGGAUGCUCGUGGCAGUGGUGGUCGCCUUCUUCGUGUGCUGGGCGCCUUUCCACGUGCAGCGUCUCUUCUACAUCUACGGCUACGAGCUGUCGCAGUUCCACGUCAUCAACGAGCACCUGUUCAAUGUCGCCGGUGCUCUCUACUACGUGUCUGCCACCGUCAAUCCCAUCCUCUACAACGUUAUGAGCGCCAGGUACAGAAUGGCCUUCCACGAGACGCUGCUUUGCCGCAAAGUAAUGCGUCAGGGCUCCAGGAACUACAACCUGGACAACACUUGCCGGGACACCGUCGAGUUCUCCACAUACUCGAGGAACAGACAUAGGAGUAGAGACCCUCGCGGAAGCAUUUCCGUCAGCAAAGUCGACUUCAUAAAGGAGCCAUCGCCGUUUUGCGUGGGGGAAGCCAUCAAAGUGGCCGAGACCGCCGCCUACUACUUCAGUAAAGAGGAGAAAGGGUCGAACCUGAGUGAGAACGGCGAUGUGGAGUCCGGCGUGUAUAAU